GUCGGCCACGGUUAGUUCUGUCACGGCCAUUCGUGAGAAGAGUGUGAUAGUUGUAUUUCUUUUUUUUUUCCUGUGAUUAGUGGACACCAAAGCACAUAGCAAAAUGAACAAGACCGAGCUGAGCAAGGACCAGAUGAAGAUUCUGAAGGAAUCCUUCGAAGCGUUCGACAUCGAGAAGAAGGGCUGCAUCUCGGUGGAAGUGGUCGGUACGAUUUUGGAGCUGCUCGGCCAAACACUGUCCGAGGAGGAGCUGAAGGAGGUGAUGGAAGAGUACGAUGUGGACGAGUCGGGUCAGAUUGAGUUCGACGAGUUUCUGGAGCUCGCGUCAAACUUUGUCGAGCCGGAGGAAGACUACGACGCGUUGCGGGCCGAGCUGCGCGAGGUGUUCAUGAUGUACGACAAGAAUGGAACGGGUUUCAUUCCACUGGAUGUAUUUAAGAAGAUUCUUCAGGAACUGGAUGGUGCAGUGCCAGAAAAUGAGUUGGACGACAUUAUUGAUGAAAUUGAUGCGGAUGGCUCAGGAACGGUUGAUUUUGAAGAGUUUAUGGAGGUUAUGACGGGUGAAUAAAUGGACAAAGAGCUACAUAGCGAGUUUUAUUCUAUGCAGUUUAUAUUAUGUUAUUUUUUUGACAGUCAACAGCUGUUUAUUAAUUCAAAAUAGUUUACUGAAAAUACCAAAAAUCAUUUCGAAAAAGCAAACUGGCUGUAAAGAGUGAAGCGUAAUGAACAACGAUAAGUUACAUUAGGUAUGUGAUAUUUAUUCCUCUAAUCGUUGUUUUACUCAGAAUGCUCCUACCAGUUUAGGUAAUAACAUUUAUAUAAUUCAAAGAAUAAACAUAAUUAUGAAGAAAAUAAUAAAAAAA